GCGGCCUCGGCUGCGCUGCCGCUGGUCGUGAACACCUGGGCGUUUGGGAAGGCCACGGACACAGCGUGGAGAGUGUUGCAGAUGGGAGGCUCUGAGCUGGAUGCGGUCGAAAAAGGCUGUGCACAGUGUGAGAUUGACCAGUGUGAUGGGAGCGUGGGAUACGGAGGAAGCCCAGAUGAAAGUGGAGAAACAACACUGGAUGCAAUGAUUAUGGAUGGCAACACUAUGGAAGUUGGGGCAGUUGCAGAUCUGAGACGUGUAAAAAAUGCAAUUGGUGUAGCGAGAAAAGUCAUUGAACACACUAAGCAUACGUUAUUAGUGGGAGAGUCAGCCUCCAUGUUCGCCGUAAGGAUGGGGUUCCCGUAUGAAGAUUUGACUACCCCAAAAUCUCUUUCGCUGUAUUCGGAGUGGCUUAAUCAGAGCUGCCAGCCAAACUACUGGCAG